AAGCCUUUUUCUUGUGGGAGCUGUGGAAAGAGUUUUCUCAAAAAGUUAAAUUAAAUGUUCACAUGAGAAUUCACACAGGUGAGAAGCCUUUCUCUUGUGGGAGCUGUGGAAGGAGUUUCUCUGAAAAAGGUAAUUUAAAUGUUCAUGUGAGAAUUCACACAGGUGAGAAGCCUUUCUCUUGUGGCAUUUGUGGAAAAAGUUUCAGCCGAAAAAACACUUUAAAUGUUCAUAAGAGAAUUCACACAGAAGAGAAGCCUUUCUCUUGUGGGACUUGUGGUAAAGGUUUCACCCUUAAAACAACUUUAAACGAUCAUUUGAGAAUUCACACAGGUGAGAAGCCGUUCUCUUGUGGGAUCUGUGGAAAGAGUUUCUCUAAAAAAGUUCAAUUAAAUGUUCACAUGAGAAUUCACACAGGUGAGAAGCCUUUCUCUUGUGGGAGCUGUGGAAAGAGUUUCUCUGAAAAACGUUUUUUAAAUGUUCACAUGAGAAUUCACACAGGUGAGAAGCCUUUCUCUUGUGGGAGCUGUGGAAAGAGUUUCUCUCAAAAAGGUCAGUUAAAUGUUCACAUGAGAAUUCACACAGGUGAGAAGCCUUUCUCUUGUGGGAGCUGUGGAAAGAGUUACAGUGACAGAAGGACUUUAACUGAGCACAUUGGAAUUCACACAGGAGAGAAGCCUUUCUCUUGUGGGACCUGUGGAAAGAGUUUCUCUCAAAAAGGUUAUUUAAAUGUUCACAUGAGUAUUCACACAGGUGAGAAGCCUUUCUCUUGUGGCAUUUGUGGAAAAAGUUUCAGCCGAAAAGACACUUUAAAUGUUCAUAAGAGAAUUCACACAGGAGAGAAGCCUUUCUCUUGUGGGACUUGUGGUAAAAGUUUCACCCUUAAAACAACUUUAAAUGAUCAUUUGAGAAUUCACACAGGUGAGAAGCCGUUCUCUUGUGGGAUCUGUGGAAAGAGUUUCUCUAAAAAAGGUCAUUUAAAUGGUCACAUGAAAAUUCACAACAUUUCUCUGUGGAAUCCGUGGAGUUACAAUGACAGAAGUAAUUUAACUCGUCACAUAAAGACUUUCUCAUACUAGAAACUUUUGGAACAAAACAGAACUGAUCCGUUUUUUGUGUCCGAUCCAAUGGAAAAUCUGGUUGGAUAAUGUAAACAGCAAGUAGAAAACAAAUUCUUGCAGGCUGCUAGUGAUUCACUGUGACUGUUUCAUUGUCCAGCCAUGAUAAACUUGAGGUCUGAUUUCUGCUAUCGGCUUGUUUUUUCUUAAUCCAGCUUUUUGUUUUAGUUCUCAGUCGUAUUUGUGCUUAAGAUCCCCAUUAGAUAGUGAAGUUAAAGAGGGGAUCACAUUCAGACAGGAUUCAUUUCUGCAGGUUUUCAUUUUGUUCUGUAGCAUGUAGAAUAAUUUAGUUUAGCUUUUACAUUUUUGUGUCUGACUGAAUGUAAAAUACUUUAGAAAUGGAAGCAGUGAAAUCUUGUUUUUUUAUUAAUAAAACAAAUGUUUGUUUGAAUAAAAUCUCAAAAAUACUUUUGAUCUGGUCAGGUUUUGAUUUAGAGUUAACCACAAACAGAUUUAUAAUUUUCAAAUUGUUUUGUCAUUGUUUUACUUUGGUAUGAGAAGUAAAGUUUAUGAUUAAGAAGGAGUGUUGAAAAUGUACCAGUGUUUUGA